UUUUACAGUUAAACAUCGAUUUCAAAGCAUGCCGCCGCCGCCACAAAGUUGAUAUUUCCGCGUAUUUUGACCAAGACCAGUCAAAAUGGAGAGUGAAGGAAAAUUAAGCUAUGUGAAGAAGGUGAUCCACUCGCUUGUGGUGUCCAGUCCACAGCGUAUGACCAUCGAAACGCUGAUGCGCGACUACCGCAGCGAGGAGGGCUGCAACGUGCCAUAUAGCACGCUGGGAUUCCGCGACAUGGAAAGCUUACUGCGGUCCAUUCCGGACACUGUUCUGGUAAUGGGACAUGGACCUACAGCCAACGUGCUGGCGGUGACCACUGCGAAUUCGGCGCACAUACAAAACCUGGUCCAGUGCCAGAAGAAGCCCAGCAAACGUUCGGGCAAAAUUAAAGCCAAGUUUUUCUACCGCUCGGAACAAUCGGAUCUGAAAUUUAUAAACGAAAGAAUCCGGAACAUGCAGCAUCAGCAGCAAUGGCAACAGCAACAUCAGCAGCAGCAGCAAAGGCAAUACCAGCAACCAGUCCACCAUGUGCCCAUCUCCUAUCCCAACUACAGUCGUCUGUACAGACCGCCAGUGGUCUAUCCCAAUAUAAACGCCCUAAUGUGCGCCGGACAGCAGCAACAGGUUCCCUAUUUUAACCCACCGAUGUUGUGGCCUAACCAAACCUUUGGGAUGCUGAACCCGUUUCCAUAUCCCUAUCCGCAGAACGUUCCGAUGUACCCCAAGAUCGCACCAAACCCUCCAAGGCAAAAUCUUACAAGACCCGAGGUACUGAUCGUUCGAAAUCCUCAGCCACAUGCGGUCGUUCAGGCCAGUCUCCCGGAAAAACCACAAAUCGAAAUCAAGGAAAUGGUAGAUUCAUUCAAGAAACUUUCGACGGAGAAUACGGCUCCAACUGGAUUUGUAGAUCCCCUGGAUAAUGAACCUUACGUGUCUGAUGGCGAUAAGUGGACUAGAGAUGACUUCAGUUCAGAAGAUGAAAUAUUGUCAUCGUCGGCGACAAGGGAAGAGAAGCCGGAUCUGGUCAGCCCCAUUGCGGAAGCAAUAGAGGUUGAACUCGAGCCUAUUUCCCAAAGCGAACUCAAUCCGGAAUCCUUGUCGAAGCCCGCAACUCCGGAAAGUAUAGACCAGUCUCGGGGACGCAAUAACCCCUUCAUAGAGUCCUCGGAUGAGGAGGAAACCGAUCCUCACCCUGUGACAGCUUACCUCAAGCUCCAGGAAUCCCUUCGUAGAUACGAGUCCUCUGAUGACGGGAGCGAUGAGAGUGCCAUUCCAGCUUAUGCUGUGGACGAUCGCGUUCUAAGUGUUGACUAUCCAAAAGACUGCAUUCGUUCCGAUUUCAAGCUGCCAGUUCGCAACGCCUCAGACAUUUUUGAGGUAGGGCAGCGCAUCGAAGUUCAGCUAGUGCGGGUGGAGCAUCCGCACAGCUUCAAUUUUUGGAUAUACAACGAAGAGUAUGAGGACUACAAGGCUAUGUACCUCAGUAUGCAAGUCUGUUAUGAGAGUCAGUUUCCAGAUAAGUACACAAUGCCAUUGUGCCUGAUCACCACAGAUCAUAUCUGCGCGGUGCGAUCCAGCAAAAAUAAUGCUUGGGAACGAGCUCAAGUGGUUAGACAUCAGCCUGGGAACUCGAGUAAGAUUAUCGAGGUGCAACUGGUCGACACCGGUGAGGUGAUGUGUGUGAGCCACAAGGAUGUGAGGCAUUUGCUUAAAGAGUUUGCCACGCUUCCGCCGCAAUGCUUAAAUGGCCGCCUAGCCUUUAUAACGCCCUGGAAGGGUCCGGGAUGGUCAGCCGAAGCGGUUAAGUACUUCUUCAGGUUGGUUUCAUUUCGCCGGCUCUACGCCAAGAUCGAGGGCGUUAAGAAUAACUUUGCCUAUUUGGUGCUGGUAGAUCCGGAAACCGUGGCGCCGCUCAACAAGAACCUUAACAGGGCCCUUAUUGAGUCUGGCUGGGUGCGUCGCUGCUACACAAACUAGACCUAUGUUACCUUAUAUUACUUAUAGCAUAUAGAUUAGGUUAAAUUGGCAUAGAAUGUCGCAGUUAUUCUUAUGUUUCUCCACUAAAUGACUUUAAUUUCGCAGAUAAUUUCGAUAUGUGGAUAUCAGAAAAAUGAAACUCGUAAUUUGUAUUAUUUUUAAGGCAAACGCUGUCCUUCUGCUUUUCGUUUUUAUUAGUUUACGUGUAAUAAAAUACUAAGUUACAUAAA